AUGGCGUCGCCACGGGGAGCGGGGUCGGGGUCGAAUCUGGAGGACGCGGCGCGGCAGCUGCACCCUGGCCUCUCCCCCCCUCCUCACCCCUCCUUCCCGUUUCCCGUUUCCUUCCCCCCGCCCCUCCUUCCCCUCCCCCGACCUCCCUCACCCCCUCUCUUCUUUCCCUCCCCCUUCCCAUCCUUCCGCUUACCCCUCCCCUCCCCCCCCCACACACCCCUCCUUUUCCCCUCAUCCAGCCAUCCAGCAUAA